GGGCGGGGCUCCGAGUCUCCCACUCGGGUUCAUGGUUUAGAGCAGUGUGGGCUAGUUUCCGCUCCGUGUGUUCUGUCCAGAUAACGAAGCAGACCUCAACUACUUCUCUCAGCCGACAGCCGUCGUCAUGUCCAACAACAAUGCCAGCAACAACUUAAUAAUCGCUCAGAGGGCCGUGAAGCAGCUCCGGUUAGAGGCCAGUAUCCGGAGGAUCAAGGUGUCCCAGGCUGCUGCUGAGCUGAGGAACUUCUGUCUGCAAAAUGCCUCCAAGGACCCCCUCCUGGUCGGGGUCCCCUCCAGUGAUAAUCCCUUCAGACCCCCCAAGUCCUGCUCCCUGUUCUGAGAAAGAAAGGUGGAGGAUUUCUGAAUUUACCCGUCGAAGGCUUUCUUCACUUCUACUUGAUGUCGCUGUAGAUCUACCAGCAGCUCCUCUCGGGAUGAUGCAACAUGGGACUGAAGGGUUCGGGGGAGGGAGCUGCUCCACUUGUUUGCCAAAUUUAAUGGUAUCAUUACUCCCAUCUGUUACAUUCAAGCAGGGCCAAACGCUACAUGUUCAGAAAAUUGUUAUUGACACUAACUUGACUAAUGAUUAAGCUGUUCUUGGUUUACCUAGUACUUGACAUGUCCGGUCUCAGUUUCCUGACCUAAUGGUGUUCAAACCCAUGUGAUUGGCUACUGAAAGAGCAACUUCCUCUUAUAUUUUAUGUGGCAGGUCAAACAUUAAUUUAAACCAGGUGCUGUUCAAGAAUGAGAACACGUUGUGUUAUGCAUACACUGUAUUGUAUUGUGUCUCUUUAGAAAACACUAACUGUGUAUGUGGCCAAAAGACAUACUGGUAGCUUUUGAGCUAAAUUGAUUGGUGUCUUAAACGAUCCAUAUAUUUGUGGCAAUGGUAUUCUAAGGUACGGCAACAUGGUACAGACUUUAACCCUAUCAGUGCAGGGCAUGUGAUGGUCAUCCACUUCAUUCAGUCUUUGUUCUGUAUAUAUUUAACAGCCUGUUAAGGUUGCCUUUGUUAGCUGUUAGCUCUUUAAUUUAAUUAAAAAAAACAAAAAAAAAAACACAUCAAUGCCUUACUGUUUGGAUAGUGAAACUCUGUAGCACAUGCAAUGGUAAUCACUUUAGAUGCACAAAUGGCCAAACAGCAAAUGUUAAAUAUCUCAUUUCCAAAUUUCCAAAUAUUGUUUGUAUUGAAUGAAUCAUGCUGCAGUGACUUGUUGCAUAAAUAGUUUUCCACACUGGAAUCAUAUUCCUAUAAACCAAAACUUUUACUGUUAGCCUGUAUCUUUCUAAACUUUGCUACUGUGGGCAACCUUUUAAAGAUUAAAACUACUUUUUCGAACACUGA